AUGCUGCAUGUAUUACAAGCAUCUCAUUGCUCAGCCAAGCGUGACAUUUCCAUCAUGAGUACGCCGACCAAUCCUGCAGCCACCCUGGGGCCCUUCAUCGGCGUACUAGUGGCGGGUGACGACGAGGGCGUCGCCAACAAGGCUCAAAGCGCCAAUGAGACGAGUCCAUCGCUUGUCAAACCUGCUGAAUCCACCCAAUACGGAGGAGUCAGGACGUGGCACUCACCGCGAACGCUUGCUUUGGGCUACAUCGCCGUUGCCGCCUUCAACUUAAGUCUCAUGCGCGUGUGUGUCAAGUACGCGAGUCGCCACGUGACAUCACACGAAACGGUGCUGUGGCGGUCCGUUGUGGCGUGGCUGCUCAACUUGGUGCUCGUCUACCGCAGGAACGUCAAGCUGAUGGUAGCUCCGAAGCAUCGAAAUAUGCUCUUCUGGCGCUGUUUCUUCGGUACUUUUGGCAUUAGCAUUCAGUUCUACGCAAUGGCGCAGAUGGUGCUAACGGACGCCGUGGUGUUGAUCUUCACGAGUCCAAUUGUGACCUUUAUACUGGGCGCGUUAGUAUUGGGCGAAGCGAUUGAGCGUCUGGACUUUAUCAGUUGCUUGGCGUCCUACGUCGGUGUCACGUUCGUCACAAGACCAGCGUUCUUGUUUGGAACGGAUGAGACCAAGGAAAUACCGCCGCUUGCGAUUAUUUGUGCACUCGGUGGCUCUAUAAUGCAAGCUUCCUCGUAUAUUACGAUGCGCCAGCUGAAGAAGCUAAACUAUGCGAUUAUUAACUACUACUUCCUGCUCUUUGGGCUGCUCUACGCACUCGCUACGCUGUGGUAUUUCGAUGUGGGUUUCUCCUUGCCCACAGACUCAAGUCUGGUGGUCGCGCUGUUCGGUAGCGGCUUCUUUGCAUUUGUCGGCCAGGUGUUCUUGACAAUGGGCUUCCAGCAGUCCAGUGCAGGCAUUGCAUCCGUCAUGCGCUAUCUCGACGUCGUGUUUGUGCUGUUCUGGGACAUCGCAUUACUCGGGGAACACGUUAGCACGUACAGCGUCAUUGGAGCAGCCAUCAUUAUCACCAGUGCUUCAUUAAUCAUCCUGCCGAAGAAAUCGAGAGCCAAGGCGAAGCCAAAGACGGUUGAAUGA